CUGCGUCCCAAUGGGUCCAACUUUUAAGAUGCAUCAUCUAGCGAAUAAGCCUAUAUUGAAGAAGUUUGAGUUUUCAAAGAUACAUUGUUUAGGAGUGUUGUGGUUGGGUGCCGAUCGUCGGCCUGUAAGAUUGAGACCCAGCCCAGAUUGGCCAGUUUAGUGUCUUGCAGUGGCAGUGGUUGCCCGGGCCCAGCCGACUGGUUGUCAUCGAACUCAUCCUCCAUGGGUUCUUACACACGAGCAAGGUGUAUACACGAUGCCAGCGUCGGAUUUACGCAACGGCGGUUUUGUCUCGGUUGGGACUUACCAUCUUUUCGCCACGCUGAGCGGCAUUUCUCGGCUUGCUGGGCACCCGCUCGUGAUUUUUAUCCCUGGCGCGGGGGAUGUGGCUUCGUCCUACUGCGCCGUCGCACGCCGAGUCGGCACCUUUGCGACGCUCCUGUUAUACGACCGGGGUGGACUAGGCCGCAGCGAAGGUGGUUUAGAUUUAGUGCUUCAUCGCGCCACUACGGCCGCCCAAGAACUGCACACACUACUUGAUCAGGCGCAGCUGUCACCUCCCUAUCUUGUUGUCGGACAUUCCUAUGGCGCGAUCAUCGCACGCGAAUUCCUUCAUCUCAAUCCUCGAGCAGUGGCUGGUAUGGUCCUUGCGGAUGGCUCGACAGAACGGCAGCCUGAGCUCUUGCAAGAUCCCGACCUUGAUAUUUCUGCGGUGCAGGGCAGAUUGAAUUUUGCACAGGUAACUGGUCUGCGGAUCGACGCGCAAUUGUCGCGGGAGGAGUGGCGGACGCGGGCAAAGGAUAUUGCUCGCGGGCAGCAAACCUGGGCAGCCGAGGCCAAUGCUUUAGUAGAGCUCUGUCAGACUCUGGGGGCGAAAGAGCAGUAUCGACACCAAGCAUUAGGGGAGAAGCCGCUGUCGGUGAUUCGGUGUCGUGGGUCGCUGGACUACCGAAAGAUCUACGAAGCGGGUGUGGCUGCGGGCAAUGGUAGUGAAGCACAGCAGAAAGCAUUUGAGCGCCUGCUGGAGCGCUGGGAUGGAUUGGAUCAAGCGAUGCAAGAGGACCAGCUGCACUUGUCGAGUCGAAGCCGCCUGGUGUAUUUGGAAGACUGUGGGCAUCAUGUCCAUUUGUUGCGACCGGAAGUGGUCGCUGACGAAGUAGGAUGGGUGCUAGGCAUGAUCAUAGGAGAGCAGAAUUGGCAACUUUAAUUUUCACCUGGUAAUUUUGCGCGUAAUGCUGGUGGUGAGUCACUGAUGAGGUGAUGGUGAUAGUGGUGAUGAUGGUGGUGAUGGUGAAAGUGUGUCAUAUUGAUCAAGACAAUCGGACAAUCGGAUUUAACAGAGGUUUGACAAUCAGCCAGCUGUCUCGCCUUCGCUUGAGAAUAGUUCCCUUCAUCCAUCUACUUCUUGCCACUCAGAUCUAGCUGCAACUUGAGCAGGGUCAUUAUCAGAUGCUUCAUACUUCGUCCGGUGCUUGCCGCGUGGAAUAGUCAAAAUACACUAUUCCUGAUCUGGCAUCCCCAGGCUUGGCAUUGCUUGUCGCAUUUCAUCUUCUCAUCUUCUCUCUUCUUCACUUGUCCU